GGGAAAUCAAAAUUUCUCCUCAAAAAUAGUGUAAAUAAACGCACGUGCACCUCUCUCCCCAUCGUAGUUCGAAUUCGAGCUUCUCCAUUCUCCGAACUGUGUCAUCUCCUCUCCCCUUUCACAGGCAGCGCCUCCCCCUUACCAUUCAUUCACGUUCGCCGUCACCGACGCCGCCGCCGCCGCCGCCGCCCACUCUCUUUGUCUCUGUCUCAUCUCUUUUAACUCGCCGCCCCUUUCCAUCCCUUCCAAGUCCGUACUCUGAACUAUGCAUUGAGGUGAUGUUCUUUUUCUAAUUCACAAAAGACUGAAAUUUGUUGAUGCAAUGGAUCUCGCCCCAUUUAGGCUUGAUAUUGAUGAGUUGAUCAAUGAAUUUGCUGAGUCUGGAUUUACAUCUUUUGUUGAUAUGAAGAAAGUAUGGGUUGGAAGAAAAUUCACUUACAUAUUUGAGGCUGCUCCUUCUACCAACUUGGCGUUCUUUAUGCAAUCAAUCUAUGCCCAAUCAAUUAGUCACAUGCUCAGUACUGCUUCUUUAUCACACAGACUAGGUGGCCUUUAUUGCCUUUACUGCCUUUAUGAGACACAACCCUUUAAGCCCUCUUACAAAAUCUACCUGUCUAUUGGAGAGUUGAAGAAACUGAAGGAACUCGUUGUUGAUGCAAAAGAAAAUAAUGUAAAAGUGGCAUCUUCUGUGGUGAAAAGAAUGUUAGAAAAGAACAUGUUUCUCUUUGGAUCUGUGGACAUGAAGGAGAGCGCUGCUUUGGAAACAGUGAAUCAACUAACAGAAUUGCAAAAUGCCCGCAUUCAAGUAGCCUAUAACAAGUUGUUUAAUGAUACCCCGAUAGAAAAUUAUAUCCAUAUGGACUUGGGAAUGGAAGUUGGUUCAAAUGUAUUAAAAAAGAUGUCAACAGAUUAUUCGGAGGCCAAAAAACUUGCAUUAUAUGAAGCAAGUGAGAUAGUGGAUGUUCACGACAUAAAGCACAUAGCAGAAGAUGAGAAGUUGAUUGGAGAUACAGUUGAAAAGAUUGCUGAGGACUGGAACAUUCAAAGAGGAUUUUUUCAUGAACAAACUGGACUCGACCAACAGCUUGUUCCAGUUGAGGCAGAGCAACUGUUACUAGAAGGCCAUGCCGAUGAAAAUUUUGAUCAGGAACUUGAAAGAAUGCUAACUGAUGUUUAACAAGUAGGUGAACUCAACUGAUGAAAAGCAUAAGCAUUUCUGUAAAUGGAGCCUCUGGGAAUGUAAGUUUCUUUCUUUUCUGAUGUGAAGUUUUUCCAUAGAACUGCAUUUCGGAUUGAUGCUCGAGCUUCAGCCAAACUUGCUUCAAUCAUCUUCAAGCUUGUCUUCUUCUGUUUCAUAACCCCCAAAAUGAAAACUGAAGAGAAAAUUUGACAACAGCAAAAACACUAUAGAGAAAAAGGGGAGAGCCUUUUUUUUCCUUUUCCAUUCUUACUUUGAUGAAUAUAGCUUUCAUGGGCUUGUUGCCUUCUUUCAUGGAAGUUGUGGGAAAGAGAGAAGACGCUAGUGGAAAGGCUUCAGUUGCUCGUGACAGGUCCAACAAUGGUGGAAUAGAAAAAAACUGAAAGAAAAAAAGAAGAAGAAGGCUUGCUGGAAGUAGCAAGAGGCAAGGGAGAUUGCAGCCGAAACUUGCCAUGGCUGAACCUUUCAUUUCAAGCUCUCUCAAAGCUUUUUCCUGUUCAAGUGCCUGAGGAAAGAGAGACUGAAGAGAUUGCCAGUAGAAAAAGGUUUUAAAUUCUUCCUUCCUCCAAAAUCGAUGUAAUUGAAUUCAAAAGAUUGAUUAAUUUUAAUGAAUUUUGUUGAAUAAUAUGGUGGUAACAUUGCUUGGAAAAA